UUAGUGGAGUUGCUCUCGGUGGAUGGAAAUCGCGUUUAUCCAAACCGGAGAAGGCGCACUCCAAGGCGGACACACUCCUCUCACCGCACCGGGAGCAUCACUCAUCCAGCGAACAACUUUCAACACUAACCAGAAAUAUCUACCAUCAAAAAAGGAAAUAUUCAGACAUACCCCGGCUAAAAAUGGAUCCUUCUGAGCGUUUGACUCAACCUUCACCAGUGUCUUCCUCCCUGGCACCUCCGUCCAAGUGCAGCUCCGUGGUCAGCUCUGUGUUCAGCCCCCCUCUCAGCGCUUACGGUAGAAGUCAAGCAUUUGGUCUGUACACAUCCAGUUUGGAGAGUAGUACAUUUGGUGGUCUUAAAAGUCUGGACUUGUCUGCAGUAUUUGCUGCUCACUCCCAGUAUGGAAAAAUAUCAGCUUUAAAUGGCACUGUCAACAGUAGUCACCCUCUCGAUGGCAAAGGUCUGGUGAAGCCUGAUUUCCAAAGGUUUACAACAAAACAGAGUCACGUCAAAGAUUUAAAAGAACCAGAAAAGGCUGACAGCAUGAGCAGCCAGUCUGGAUCUGUGUCGGGCAGCUCUGACGACACUGACGGAAGCAGUGAUCCUGAACACCUGGAGGAAGAGGGGGAGGAAGAGGAGGAAGACCCCAGUGAUGGAAGUGAUGCCACCGACUCAGAGAAAGAUUACGAAGUGAUAAGAAAGCUGCCAAGUAUGACACAUACCACUUCUGACACUCCGAAGAAGAGCCCUGGAAGUACAGCUGGAGAUACAGACACCACCAGAGACCAGCGAAAUCAGCACAGUGUCCCCAUAAUGUCCACUCACCCUCCCAGCCCUCUCUUGUCCAAGCCCUCAGAGGAGCAGCACUUGAGAAAAGCUUUAAUCAACCCAGACAUGAAGGAACAAGACUGGUGGUCUUUUCUGAAAUCCAAGACCUCUCACUCGCCAAAUUCAUUAUUUUUGUCCUCACCUAAAUCUCCUUCACUCUCAGAUUUACCCAAGUUACCAGUUCAAAAGUUGUCCCAUGGCAGACUCUUGAUGUCUUCUUCUAUCGAUAAUGUGCGCAGUAUGACUUCAAGAGGACUUCAUGUAAAUAGUGGUGCGCUAAAAAGGCUGCCGUCAAUAUCGAAUCCUUCAACCCAAGACCAGGACGUACGUGUCAAAAACUCUACUUCUCAAUCUUCGAGCCUUUCAUCCCUGAGCAGACAUUUUCUAUCAUCUCCAACCAAGAACAAAACGGCUCCUUUGCUCAACUUUCACACGAACGGAUUGACUCAAGAUGCUCCUCUAGCGCUUGUCACCUCACCUCGUAACCCCACGAACAAGCCAUUAGCCCCUUGCUCCCAAUUUACAAUGCCUAUCAACUAUCUAUCAAGUAAACCGAGUAUUUCCCCAUAUAAAGGUGGCAAUGGUCUAAUCUGUCAGACGCUCAGCUCGUGUAAUUUAAAUGGACAAAAUAAGACAGGUAAGGUUCAAACUGAAGACUCAGAAGAUUCCUUAAUAGAUGGCAAUGAUACUGAAGAUACAAGCAGUAACACAUCAGAUUCUGGCAGCAGUGUCGGAGUAAACUCUGAAUCUUCAGAUGAUGUAAAAUGCAAUAACAGUGAGACAAAUAGCAAUGGAUACAGGGCUCCUCAGAAACUUGAUAAAUUGUUAACAAAAUCCUCACCCGGCCCCUCAGCCAAUUUCUCCGUUCUGAAGACCUCCUGUUCUGCUUUGGGCAGUUUUAGCAACGCUGCACCAAUGACCCACAACAGCUCGGUAUCUUCUACAACUGUCCCACUGCCAGUACAGAGGAAGAGAGUAACAGAUGAGAAAGCAUUAAGAGUACCGUUGGAUUUUGGCUGGCAGAGAGUGACACGGGUCUGGUCUGUGGCGGGGCGUCUGCAGGGAGAAGUCUGUUACCUCGCUCCCUGCGGAAAGAAACUUCGACUGUAUCCGGAUGUACUGAAGUAUUUACUGAGAAACGGGAUAACUGAAAUUUCUCGAGAAAACUUCAGCUUUAGCACAAAAAUCCACCUUGGGGAGUUCUACAAAGCCAGAGAUGGACCAGAAGGUGUACAGUGGAUGCCUUUGUCUAAGGAGGAGAUCACUCCCUGUAUUAUUGCCAUGGAUGGAAGACGUCAAAGAAAAGUACAGGGCCAACGAACAUUCAGUGGAGUUAAGCCUCUUGUCCAUUCACAAGAUGGUGCUGAUGCCAAACUGUUGAGAAAACUGGAAGCUCAAGAAAUCGCUCGACAAGCCGCUCACAUGAAAAUCAUGAAAAAACUUGAGAAGCAGGCCAGAGCACAGGCAGCAAAGGAAGCAAAGAAACAACGAGCGAUAUUGGUGGCCGAGGAGAAGCGCAAGAAGAAGGAACAGCUGAAGAUUCUUAAGCAGGAAGAGAGGAUCCGGCGCAUUCAGCAAAUCCGACUGGAGAAGGAAGUCCGUGCACAGCAAAUUCUGGAGGCAAAAAGGAAGAAGAAAGAAGAAGCCGCCAAUGCCAAAAUAUUAAAGGCAGAGAAAAGAAGUCAGGAGAGGGCGAUGAGGAGACAGCAUGCUAUUUUACAGAAGCACCAGGUGAUGGAGUUGCACAGGCUAGAUAUUGUUUGGGAAAAGGAGAGAAGAAGGCAACAUCUGAUACUCCUGAAGGAAGCAGAGGCUCGUAAAAAAGCAGAGGAGAAGGAGCGUCUGAAGAAGGAACGAAAUGACGAGAAACUGUUGAACAAGGAAAGAAAACUGGAGCUCAGACGGCUGGAGCUGCAAGAGCUGAAGAAGCCCAGAGAAGACCUGUGUUUAAUGGACCAUAAGCCUCUUCCAGAUCUGUCCCGUGUUCCCGGCCUGGUUCUGUCUGGGGGAGCGUUCUCAGACUGCCUCAUGGUGCUACAGUUCGUGCACAGAUUUGGGAAAGUUCUGAGUCUAAACCCACUGAGCCUGAGCGAUCUUCAGGGAGGAUUACUGAACCUGACGGACUGUGUGGACAAAGUGCAGGAGCUUGUGGUGCACAUGGUCUCUGCUGCUGUGAGGGACCCCAGUCUGUCUCACACACACAAGAUGAAAACUGCCUUAGGAGAGCUUCUGUCAAACAUGAAGUUGGACAGUGACAACGUUUCUGAGGCUCUGAGGAUCUACAUGGAAAAUCACUGUGAUCCAGAUUCUUACAUGAGCUCUCUGGCCCUCAGUCUUAAGACUAAAGACUUCAGGGCCCUCCAGCCGUCACAGAAGGCCUCCAUACUGGCAUUUUUGGUGAACAGGCUCUGCUGCUGUAAAGCUGUGGUCAGUGAAAUUGAUAAAACCAUUGAUCACAUGGCCAAUUUGAGGAAGGAGAAGUGGAUUGUGGAGGGAGCGCUUCGCAAACUGAGGAGGAUUCACGCCAAGAAGACUGGCACUAAAGCGGCAGAGGGCACGCAGAACUGUGAUAACCUCGCAGCUACGAACAAGAGGAAAAGAAAAGAGGGGGAGAGCGAGGAAGAUGAGGAUGAAGAGGAGGAGAGUGAUGACGAGGAGGAUGAGGAGGCUGAAGAGGAGGAGGGGAAGAAAGCUAAGAGAACGGAAGAGGAGCAGGAUGACAGUGUACAUUCUGGCAGUGUGGAGGAGCUGGAGAAAGACAUAGCGAGAGUGGCUAAGCAACAGACUGAAGUCCGACAGAAGCUCCUGGAGUCGUCGUAUUCACUGCGCUCCAUGAUGCUGGGACAGGACCGCUACAAGAGGUCCUACUGGCUUCUCCCCGAGUGUGGAGGUGUCUUUGUGGAGGGGAUGGAAACUGAGCAAGAUCACGAAGACGUUCUGAACGAGAAAAGAUACGGCCCUCGAAUUGAGACGCUUUUAAAAGACGAGGAGGUCAACAGAGAGACCACAGCAGCCACAGAUCCGCACAUCAGUAUUCACACGAACCGAAGAGAGCCCAUGAACACUACACCUGAUAAAUCUCCACUGGAUUCUACUCAUUGUUCCAGCCUCAAGUACAAAAACAAUUCCUGGACAAGAGCCUCUGUGCCUCCGCAUCAUGACAGUAGUGUGUUUGUGAACCAGUGGAUCCGCCAUCUGCCUCCUCCAUGUGAAAAGCCCAGUGUCCACACGAGUUCAGUCUCUUCUUCAUCCCCUUCACAAAUGUUUUCAGCUCGCUCUUCUACUCUCUGUGGUCCAACUGAAGAUGGAAACAUGCAGCAGCAUGCUCAGUCUGGCACUCAUCACGGCGGAGAGAUAUUGUGUGACGUGUCCAGUGAAUUGACGAGUUCAGUCCUGCCCUUCGCUGGCAGCUCCGGACCCCCCGCGAGGGACCCGACCUCCCAGCAUGCACCGGGCCAUGUGAACACCGCCCCCCUCCAGACAAGUCACCGCUCCGUCAGCGACACCCAGCCCCACGCGCCCUCCUCCUCCCCCCCUGCUGUGGAAAUGGCACCCCACCAGGACCACUCCAACCCCACGCCUGUCCCCAAGGAGAUGCUGAGUGGCUGGUGGUGGAUGUCAAAUGUGGAGGAGCUGAAUCAUCUGUGCAAGGCUCUUCAUUGUAGAGGCGUCAGAGAGAGGGCUUUAGCCAAACAGACAGAGAAGCACAUGGAGUACCUGACCCAGAUCUACAGCCAUAAAGAUGAUGCAGUUAUUGAUGUAACGAGGCUCCAAAAACAAGGCUGUUGUAAGGAGAUGGUUGAGCGGUGGUGUGUUCAGCAGCAGGCCAUGAAGUGGGACAUUAGUGCACUAAAACAGGUUCAGGCUUUGGAGUCAAGAGUCAUUUCUGCCUGUCUCCAAGUAAAGGACUGGACUCCCCCUAAGCCCCAGUCCCAGUGGGAGGAUCAGGUUCACCAUGAGCACAAAUCAUCCUCGUCUCCGGCCCAGCAUCCCAAAAGUCCUCUGGAUACAGCUGUCAGCAGGCUGGAAGAGCUGGAGAGGAAUAUCGAGCGGAGGAAAGAGGAAGAGGACGCCCCCUGGAGGAGACAGUGGUACAAGGCGCUGGCAGAGGUCCACAGCUCUGCUCAGCUGGUCUUGUGCAUUCAGCAGCUGCAGAACAACAUUUCCUGGGAUCGGUCUAUUACCAAAGUGGAGUGCCAGAUUUGCCACAGUGGAGAUGAUGAAGAGUCUCUCCUGCUGUGUGACGGUUGUGAUAAAGGCUGCCAUGUUUACUGUCACAAACCCAAAAUCACCUCCAUACCAGAGGGUGACUGGUUCUGCCGUGUGUGUUCAAAUAAGACUACCUCGGGUUUUGUCAUUCCAAGUGUCCAAUCCCUACGGACACAGACGCAUCCGAGUCCAACAUCUGGAGGAGGGAAGAGGGCCAGUGAAGGAAAACCAAACGGUAAGCCAUCUGUGUCCGGAGAGCUCAUCAAAGAGGAGACUGCCAGCAGGAGCAGCACCGCGCCAAGGAAAAGUAUCAAGGAAGGGAAAAAAAGGAAAGCCGACAGCGCUGCGCCCGUCUCCGAGACCAAACGUGACCCCCCUGUCUCCAAGAAGCCCAAAACGAGAGACAGAGGCACUGACGAGCUGGAAGUUUGCCAGCAGCUGUUGUGUGAGUUGGAAGCCCACCAAGACGCCUGGCCGUUCCUCAAACCUGUGAACCUCAAGUCUGUCCCCGGAUACAAGAAGGUGGUGAAGAGGCCCAUGGACCUCUCCACCAUCAGAGAGAAGAUCGCCAAUCAGCAGUAUUCAAGUCUGGAGAGCUUUACGGAUGACGUGAACCUCGUCUUUGACAACUGUGAGAGAUUCAACGAAGACGAUUCUGAAAUUGGGAAAGCGGGACACAUCAUGAGAAGAUUUUUCACCAAAAGAAAGGCUGAAUUACUGAAGUCGUGAAAAGAUUUCUGACUCAAGAAAACUGUGAAAGAGACAUUUACAGAAUUAUUUGCUGCAAUGAAAGGGCAAUAACUUGGUACUAAUAUCAGUGUGCUCUUAUCGUACUGUGUAAACUUUGUCUACAAUUUUUACUACAUAAAAUGCCUUGAUUUGUUUACACGCAUUUUCUAUUUAUGUGUCACGUAUCAGCAGUCCUUGAAAAAUAAUGUAGCAGCUAAAUGUGUUGAGUUGAAUAUUGCGUUCAGCACAAUAUAAAUAUAGUGCCUCAAUUUGUGUCAGUCGUGUGAAUAUUUAGUUCUGUAUGUCCAGUGUUUUCACUUUACUCAGUUUUUCCAAGUGUCACGGAAACUCCAGCUCACAACUUAUCAGUCCUUUGUUACAUCAUAAC